GGUCCCGUCUCCAAAGCUACCGAGCGCGGGAAGCAAAGAUGAUGCUGGGAGGGCCAAGUCGCCAAAGUGGGACUUCAAGAAGGGGGACGACCCCAGCAAGAAGACCUCGCAAGAGUCCGCGAGGAGCGCUUCGCCAAAGACAGAGAAGCCGCAAGCUACUGUGGAGUCCAGCUCCAAAGCAGCCAAGCCUCGAGCGGACGAAGCUUCCACGCCGCCGCAAAGCCCCAGGCCAAUCGCUUUGCGGCGGGAGGGGGCAGGUCGUGACGGAGCGAAUGUCGAGCAUGCGCUCAGGGACAAGUCUGCAAAGUGGAGCUUCAAGAAGGGAGACGAUCCGAGCAAGAUGGGCUCUGCAAAGGAGUCAACGAGGCAUCGGAUGCUGCAAUCUAGGGCCAAGUCGCCAAAGUUGGACUUCAAGAAGGGGGACGACCCCAGCAAGAAGACCUCGCAAGAGUUCGCGAGCGCUUCGCCAAAGGCAGAGCAGCCGCAAGCUACUGUGGAGUCCAGCUCCAAAGCAGACAAGCCUCGAGCGGACGAAGCUUCCACGCCGCCGCAAAGCCCCAGGCCAAUCGCUUUGCGGCGGGAGGGGGCAG